GAAAGAUAGAGAAGUUGGAAAACUUACUGAAACCCCAGUUAAAACUAAACUUGGAAGAGUUUGGGGUCUUUACAAAAGGAGAAAACCUAACUAAGAGGAUGCAGAAGGGAACUUUUCGAAUAAAUUGUCUAGACUGCUUACAUCGCACAAAUGGUGUUCAAGCAUACAUUGCACUUGAGGUGCUGCGAACCCAGCUUGAGAGUCUUGGUUUAGAUGAUAUGAAGUCUGUGAUAGAGCGGUUUGAAGAGUCUUACAAAUCUAUGUGGUCUGUCAAUGGUCAUAACCUGAGCAUGAUAUUCACAGGAAGCAGAGCUCUGGAGGGCAAAGCUAAGGUUGGAAAACUUAAAGAUGGAGCCCGUACUGUGUCCAGGACUAUUCAGACAAAACUUCUUUGAUGGUGCAAAGCAGGAAGCUAUCGAUUUGCUGCUCAUGGGUGACUUCUACAAUGAUGAAUAUGCAGACAAAGGAAGGAUGUUUAUGGAUAGUGCUGCUCUUCUUGUGAAUCCCAGUGUGGUAAAAGCAAUGUCAGAACGGCAAUUUGAGUUUACAAAUUACAAAAAGACUCGUGUGGCCAUGGGUACUUGGAAUGUAAAUGGAGGGAAACAGUUCCGCAGCAACAUCCUUGGCACAAGUGAGCUCACGGACUGGUUACUUGAUGCCCCUAAGCUAUCUGGACUUCCUGAUUUCCAGAAUGAUGAAAAAAACCCUCCAGACAUCUUUGCAGUGGGAUUUGAAGAAAUGGUUGAACUGAAUGCAGGAAACAUUGUUAGUGCCAGUACAACAAACAGAAAAAUGUGGGCUGAACAAAUCCAGAAAGCUAUAUCCCGAACAAAUCGAUACAUACUGUUGACCUUUGGACAGCUUGUUGGAGUCUGCCUCUUUAUAUUUGUAAGGCCAUAUCAUAUGCCAUUUAUCAGAGACUUGGCAGUAGACACUGUUAAGACUGGUAUGGGAGGAAAAGCUGGCAACAAAGGAGCAGUAGCCAUACGUUUCCAGUUCUACAGCACAAGUUUUUGCUUUAUAUGUAGCCACUUUACUGCUGGGCAGACCCAGGUGAAAGAACGGAAUGAGGAUUACAAAGAAAUCACACAGAAAUUAAGCUUCCCUAUGAAAUGUUUUUUCACAUGA